AUGACGGCAGUGGCGUCGUGGUCGCCGCGGGAGGUGUCCGGCUGGCUGGCGGAGAACGCCCUGCCCGAGUACUGUGAGCCCCUGCGGGGCUGCGGCGGCAGGGACCUGAUCGGCCUCACCCGGGAGGACUUCCAGAGGACGCCCCUCUGCCGGGUGUCCUCCGACGGCGGGCAGAGGCUGCUGCAGCUGAUCGAGGGCCUGAAGAUGGCUCAGCACAUGGAGGCCCACCGGAACGGGCACGCCAACGGGCACGCGGGGCGGCAGCAGCAGGACCCGCCCGCGCCCAACGGGCUGCCCAACGGCUACAGCAAGGAGAUGGUCAGGAUCCCCAUGCCCGAGCCCGAGCGCUCCCAGUACCCGGCUGAGUGGGGCAAGACCCUGGUGGCUUUCCUUUACGCCCUCUUUUGUUUCGUCCUCACCACGGUGACCAUCUCGGUGGUCCACGAACGAGUGCCUCCCAAGGAGGUGCAGCCCCCCCUGCCCGACGCCUUCUUCGACCGCUUCGAUCGGGUGCAGUGGGCCUUCUCCAUCUGCGAGAUCAACGGCAUGAUCCUGGUGGGGCUCUGGUUUGUGCAGUGGCUCCUCCUCAAAUACAAGUCCAUAAUCAGCAGAAGGUUUUUCUGCCUGGUGGGCACUCUGUACCUGUACCGCUGUAUCACCAUGUACGUGACCACGCUCCCGGUGCCUGGCAUGCAUUUCAAGUGCUCUCCAAAGCUUUUUGGAGACUGGGAGUCGCACCUGCGGAGGAUCAUGAAGCUGCUUGCUGGUGGAGGCCUGUCCAUCACAGGAUCCCACAACAUGUGUGGUGACUACCUGUACAGUGGGCACACUGUCAUCUUAACCCUCACUUACUUGUUCAUCAAAGAGUAUUCCCCGCGGCGGCUCUGGUGGUACCACUGGCUGUGCUGGGCACUCAGCAUGCUGGGGAUGUUCUGCAUCCUCCUUGCUCAUGACCACUACACUGUGGACGUGGUGGUGGCUUACUACAUCACUACAAGACUUUUCUGGUGGUACCACACGAUGGCCAACCAGCAAGUGCUAAAAGAAGCUUCCCAAACUAACCUCCUGGCAAGGGUCUGGUGGUACAAGCCCUUCCAGUACUUUGAAAAGAAUGUCCAAGGCAUUGUACCUCGCUCCUACCACUGGCCCUUGCCCUGGCCGGUGCUGCAGCGGGGCCGGCAGGUGAAGUACAGCCGGCUGGCCACCGCCACGUAACGACCGACGGACGGACAGAUGGACAGACAGCUGCCUCCGAGAAGAUGCCAUAAGAGAAAUCAACUGCUCCCUUAACCCCUGCCUUUUGCCACUUCUUCCCCUUGACUUGACCUGUUGAGUUACCUGGGUAAGCACUGUGAUCUUUUUUUUCUUCUUGUUGUCGUUCUCUCCAAAGGAUCUGCGGCGGCCAACAACAAAAAGAGAAACUGAACUUUCCCCUUCCCACCUCCCCAGCCCCCUGGUGCACUGUUCAGGACCUUUCUUGUCGGGAGAGUUGGGAUUUGCAUCCCCCCAUCUGCCACCUUCCUUUGUACCUGAUGCGACAGCCUCGACGGAAGCUUUUAUACCAUAUGGGUUUGUGGUCUUUCCAGUCAACGCCUGGGAAAUAAAGCAUCUUAUUUUUCUUGGGAAAACAUCACUUUUUCGUAUCUGUUGCCCCAAAGAUUGGGCUGUAAAAAGCCAUUUUCUAGCCAAUGAACUCUCAUGAAGGUUGCUUAACACAGCUUGAACCUGCCUUGGGUCAAAAGGAGAAGUCUUCUCUACCCUGUCGCACCGGAGGUGGAUAGGACGACGCAGGGAGGGGUUGGGUAAAGCUUUGGGUUUUGUAAGAAGCUGCUGUGACUGUGUCAAAAAAAAUGAAAAAAAAAAAAAAACACCAAGGGGAAAAAAAUUUUAAAAAAAGGAGGGAAAAAUGA